GGGAUCGUGUGUUUUUAGCUUGCGGGGUGCUCGGGAAUUUCCCAGGACUGUUAAAAACACCUUUGGUCAGUAAAACUGAAAAUAGAAGCCAUUUUUUCUUCAAUGGAGAAAAUAUACGACAUACCGAACAUGAAACUUAAAUUUAGGUGUACUAUGCUCUAGCCGUGAGAGGGAUUAUCGGCUAGAUAUUCUCAUUUUGCUCUGCAAAAUUAGGGGGGCUCUGCGCCCUUAAAAGGACAUAAACAUCGCUAGCUCGGUGCUAGCAGAUUCUGGAUAGCCGAAAUUAUUGUUGAUCAUUUAAAGCUCAUUUUUGCAUCCAGAUGGAGGGGAUACAAUCGCAAGCCGUUCGCUCACAAACCCAGUCGGAUAAUGGGAACCAGCCUGCGCGGCCCCUUAACAGCUAUGGGUUCGGUAAACAAGUCGGUUCCGAUGGAGUCGGUGCGGAGGACUGGUGCGACAGCGGCUUGGAGUGUUUAACUGGAGCGUUGAGCCUGGAGACCCCAUUCUGCACCGAAAGCGAACAUCCUCCGACUUUGAAAUCUACCCCGUAUGAUGUUUGUUCCAGGAAGAUAGACUCCGAACAUGAGCCCACCGAUAGCUGUAUCUCCCUGGGGAACGGGGAAAGACUUGACUCGGCCCUCGGGCACUCGAUAACGGACGAGAUGCUGGGCUGCAUUUCCCAAGGCAUCGGGACCAUACAGCUAAGCGAGCCCGACAGCGUCUCCGGGGACAGAUCUGGGGAGGUUAUCGGGGGACAGGUGGGGGCAUACCCCCCCGAAGAGGUGUUCAACACCCUGAACUUUGUGUCAGAGGACGGAGACACUGCACUCCACCUGGCUUUAAUUCACGAACACUUGACCUUUGUGCACUAUUUGGUGGGAGUGAUAACCCUGGACCAGAACUGGACCCCCUAUUUGGACAUCCAGAACGACCUGGGCCAGACGGCGCUCCACCUGGCCGUGAUCGUCGACCAGCCCGACUGCGUGAAGGCUCUGCUGUGGGGCGGCGCGAGCGCUGAGAUCCAGGAGCGCGGGGGCAACACGCCGCUGCACCUGGCUGUGCGCGAGAGCCGCAUGGCCUGCGUGCGGGAGCUCACCUGCAGCGGCAUCCGGCCGGACCACCUGCGCAUCAUCAACUACUCCGGGGUGAGUGCCCUGCAUCUGGCAGUGCAGAAGGGCAACGAGGAGAUUGUUCACAUGCUGCUGGAAGGAGGAGCUGAUGUCAACCAGAGGGACCUGAGCUCAGGACGCUCCCCACUGCACUGGGCCGUAGAGUUACAGAGCCCCACCUUGGUGAGGCUGCUGUUGCGAGCAGGCGCAGCCGUGGACCAGCCGUCAUACGCGGGACACUCGCCACUCUACUGCGCCCUCCACAGGCCUAACGCGGAGGUGCAGGCAUUGCUGCGCGACGGAGGAGGCACGGAGAUGCACGGCGGGGAGGAUGAGGACGAGGAGGACCGGGAAAGUGAAGAGGAUGAGUUUGAUGACUUGAUCAUCAACGGACACCGGGUGCUGUAACCAUGCAUAACACUUCAGAGCCAUGCAUCUCGCUAAAACCCUUGUGCUGUUCAGUGCAGUCUUAUAUGUCAGGGCUGAGCUACUGUGUGCGCGUACAUGUGUGCAUGUUUGUGUGUGUGUGCGUGUGUGUGUGCGUGCGUGCGUGUGUGUGUGUUCGUGUUAAGAGCUGGUGGUUAGACCCCUCCAUUGCAGUAUCAACCCCCCCCCCCAAACAUUAUAAACAGUUGUGCUUGGUGGUCUCUGCCGUGUGUGUGUGUGUGUGUGUGUGUGUGUGUGCGUGUGCGUGUGCGUGUGCGUGUGCGUGCACGUGCGCGUGCGUGCGCACCUGUGCACCUGUCUGCGAUGUUGUGUCUGAGUACUUUCAGCGCUUUCUGGCUUCAUGGCACUUUCCCGAAUCUUCAGAGCGGUGAUUUUCUGUGGGCUGCCAGGCGGCAGGAGCAACACUAGUGUUCGGUACCUUUAACCCGGCUGUCAUCGCUUUACUGAGCACCGCACCACAUUCUGAUUGAUACUGAACUUCUUAGCUUCGCUUUCUUUGUCUGAAAAUGCUGGGGUUCUCGCUGUUGCCCUCUGAAAGGGUGAAUCCUUCCGCAAGGCUUUAAACUUCUUGUCAGGCUUGCUCUCACUUUUUUUUUUUUUUUUUUUUUUUUUAACACAGAACUCAUCUUUCUGAGUUCCAUGUUUUACCUGUUGGCAUUAAAAUAAAGCAAGCAACUUGUUUGGUGUUUUAGUCAGGAUUUAAAUUUUUUUUUAAUGGAACCUAACACCUUGAUCGGUUGAGACGGUGUAAAUAAAGAGAAGGCUGAAAACUGUGAAGGUUCGUGACUCUACACCAGGGCUUCCUCACCCUGGCUACAUGGGGCCCGUUGUGGCUUUUUGUUCAAGCUGACCUGAAUAGACUUAGUUCACAGAUUCUUUCUGUCUUUGUCUGGAUGUUUUUGUGUAUGUCACCUGUAAAAAACAGCAUAAGAUUGUAGAAAUCUGUGUUUCCUUGUCAGUUGUUGUUAAAAUCGUUAAAUGUUUUGUUUUAAUGGUAUGUUUAAGCCCGAUAUUAAUUUGCAGUGGUUUGUUUGAAGGCCAAUGUUAUUUUUAAUCAGAGGUGGAUAGUUCAGGUCCAGAAAGUGCAAAUCAAGACCAGGAUUUGUUUCAACCAACCAGUUGAGUAUAAAGAGUCACAGUCACAACUCAACUGGUUGGUUGAAACAAACCCUGGUCUGGAUUUGUGCUCUCUGGACCGGAACUAUCCACCUCUGUUUUUAAUCGUAAUCAAAGUGGAUAGAAAGUUUCUUCUCUCUAACCCAGUUAAACAUUGAGGAAUUUGGCUAUUAAUAUGGGAUGUGUAAACAUUUGGUGUUUUGUGUAAAUAAAAAUACCUCUCACUAAAUUGGAUCUUGGAUGAAACUCAAGCCACUACACCCAAUGGGUCGCAAUACGCAAACACCAGGACUGGGAAAUGCUGAUUGUUGAUUUGACCUGGCAGGGAGGAACAAAAUCAAAUCAAAUACUUACACCUCAUUCACAUCACAGGGUUACACAGCAUCAUUUGAUUGAAUUAAGGGAAAGACAUAGUUUAAAUUUUGCGUCUGCCUGUGUGCUUUUUAAUCUUUAGAUUACAACUGCCCGAGUUAGUAAUGACUGGCAGGAUGGACAUUGACCCGGAAAAUGAAUCGCUUCUGUCAUUCUCUGCUUAAUCUUUUCCCUGUACAUUGAUGCUUUUCGUGAUCAAAAAUUAAUAAAUCAUUUAAAUGGA